UCAGCUGACUGAACCGCUAUGUCACAUGAUGUUUAUGCUCAUGGUCCUAUUGGAGCAGCUCGCUUUAUUUCUUUACAGCCGCUCAGUGAGCAUUACAGAGGUUUUUUAAAAGGUCCGUGCAGAGAUUCAGGGUUGCAGAGACUUCAAGUUGGACUGAAUUACAGGAUGCAUUUAGCGGUGCUUCUUUUUACCUCUGCCGUCUCUGUGGGCACCUUCGCCCUGGACAAUGGGCUGAUGAGGACCCCUCCUAUGGGCUGGUUGGCAUGGGAACGUUUUCGCUGUGACAUUGACUGUGAGCACGACCCCAAGAACUGCAUCAGUGAGAAUCUGUUCAUUGACAUGGCAGACAGGCUCUCAGAGGAUGGCUGGAGGGAACUUGGAUACGUCUAUGUGAACAUAGAUGACUGCUGGGCCUCCAUGGAUAGAGACGAGAAAGGAAGGCUGCAGCCUGACCCUAAAAGGUUCCCAGGAGGCAUCCCUAAACUGGCACGCUACAUGCAUGACCGAGGUCUCAAGCUGGGGAUCUACGGGGACAUGGGCACACACACCUGUGGAGGUUACCCUGGCACCCCACUGGACAAGAUCAAGAUAGACGCUCAGACCUUCGCAGACUGGGAGGUGGAUAUGUUGAAAUUUGACGGCUGUUAUUCCAAUGCCACGGAGCAAGAGCAAGGUUAUCCUCUCAUGUCAAACGCUUUGAAUGCAACCGGACGUCCCAUCGGCUACUCUUGCAGUUGGCCCGCCUACCAGGGUGGCCUGCCACCAAAGGUAAACUACACUCAGCUGGGCAAGAUCUGCAACCUGUGGCGUAACUAUGGUGAUAUUGAGGACUCUUGGGACAGUGUCCUUAACAUUAUUGAUUGGUUCUUUGAGAACCAGGAUACCCUGAUACCUGCAGCCGGACCUGGAAGGUGGAAUGACCCUGAUAUGCUGAUUAUUGGAGACUUUGGCCUCAGCAUGGACCAGUCUCGAGCUCAGAUGGCUAUUUGGGCGAUUAUGGCUGCUCCUCUUUUCAUGUCCAACGACCUGCGCACCAUCAGCAGCGGGGCCCGCAGCAUCCUGCAGAACAAAAUGGCCAUUAGCAUCAACCAGGACCCCCUGGGCAUCCAGGGAAGACGCAUUAUAAAGGAAAAGAGUGGCAUUGAUGUGUACUGGCGCCCCCUGUCAAAAGAUGACAGUGCCCUGGUAUUCUUCAGUCGCCGUAAUGAUAUGCCAUACCGCUACCAGACUUCCCUCAAGAAACUCAACUACACCACUGGCAGCUACAAGAUCUUUGAUGUCUUUACUGAAAAGACCAUGACACUGAAAGACUCCACUGACUUUGUGGUGUCAGUGAACCCCACAGGUGUGGUCAUGUGGUAUGUCUCUGCACCCGCAAAACUGAGCCUCCGUCAACUCUACAAAGGUGGGAAACUUCAGGGAUUUGCCUACGAUGAUGAUGAAAACAACAUACCUCCUGUCUUCCUCUGAUUGAAUCUCUAAUGAUCACAUCACUGUUUCAAGCUCAGUACAGUGGCUCUUCAUGAAUGAUGAAUGAUCAUUAUAAUGAUGCACACAUUCAUCAUUGAGUGCUUUAAGGAUUUUAUUCUUCACUUAACCACAAAGUGCCAAUAAAUAGUUCUAAAUUGUGAAAUCUUAAAGGCAUAGUACGAUCUAUCCCAAGUAAUGAAAUCACUGGAAGCUUUUUAUACUCCACAGCACAUGAGAGCUGAUGAUUGAUUUUAAUAUUUCAGUUGCAAACCUGAUCAUAUAUCCGCACUACAGCUCAGAAGUCUCCACUUCUCUUAUUGUAACAUUUCUUUUAAGGAAGCAAGUCCAAGCUGUUCUAAAUAAACACAAGGAAGGGUGAUGUCACCCCUGUCAGCUAGAUUCCUUUUGAAUUAUGCGAGUCUUGCCAGAUCCAGAUGUUUUGCUCAGGAUAAAUGUAGAGAAGAAAUGAAGGUUUUUAUGUGAAAUGAUUCAGUGAAUCAUGUGUUUUUUCCUUACUGAAAUAAAUCAUUUUUGUUUCACCUUUUUUCUAAAAGCAAA